GUAAACUAUGCCAGCGUCUGCUAUCCGACUCUGGAAACCGCAGGUGGAAUGUAAUGUCCCACGCCCCUCUCCUCCUGUGUUCAUGAUGACGUUUCUCUCCGCCUGUACGCAGAUGAUCGCCUUGUCUGUAUUGUGGGGAACAUCGUGAUGUGAGGCAGCAGAUAAGAAGCUCCGCUCUGUUCCAAGAAACACACCAUCCCUAAUCUGCCGAUCAGCAGCCGAGUGCAGUUAAACUGCAGGAGCGCCUGAGAGGCCAUGAGGCUCUUUACUCUGACCCUGUUCUUCAUCCUGACCGCAGCCGAGAAGCUGGAGACCAUCGAGUUCAACGAGACGAAUGCGCUCACCUGUGGCCAGGGCCUGACUGAUUGUAAGGUAAACCCAGGUGAUUUUUGUGUUGACCGUGAUGACAGAGUGUAUGUGAGCAGUCUUGCUGCUGUUGCAUUGCUGUGCCACAGUCAUAAAGGUUGGCUACCUUGCCUGAGAAUCCAGCUUAACAUCACUAUUGAAGGAUCCCAUGAGGACUCAGGUGUGUCUGGGGAGGCCGUCCACGAAGGUGAAAGAGAUGAAAGUAAGGAAGAAGAGCAUGGAAGCAGUCUGGGCCAUUUCGCUGCUGUCACAGAUUCCGUAUUUGUCCAAGUGUGCUACAGCAUCCCUGAUUUUUCUGGUUCAAAAGAGCUCACUUUCACACCAAGCAUCUCCACUGACCACCCAACGCAGGUGUGGAUGUCCCUGGUAGUAGAGCUGAGCCAAGCUCACUUUGGCAGUAAAUUCACCAUCUUCUCUUCAGCCAUUCACAACUUCAGCGAACAAGUGAACACACUGCCUUCAAUAGACACAGUGUGUUCCCAAGGCCUGGACAUUCCUCUGUGUAAUGGACCCAUUGUGUACAAAGAAGUCAACCAUGCAACAGGAAUGGUCAAAUUACACAUAGAUGAUGCAGACAGGAACAUUCUUAAUGAACUACGGGCAUGCCAGAAGAUGGAGAAAGAAGGGGAAUGCUAUAAACUAGACUGGAAGGAAAAUCCACUGAUGAUUCCCUUGAGCUCUGCUGCCCCCUGCCUAUGCUUCCAGGUUUGGUGGAAAACCUCGAAAGGUGCACCUCGGAAUGAAUUCUGCCCAUUUAGUGAUACAGCUCUCUCUGACUCGAAUGUGUCAGUGUCUGUGGUGGAGCAAAGGAAAGCUCAUGAUGGACCUGUUCCUAGAAACACCACUGCUCUUGUCUGGAACAUCACUGCCCCCUGCAGGCUGGAGGCUGAAAUUCAGCUCUGCAAGAAAAGCUGGUCUGACACAGGCUGCCAUGAAAUACAUGACUUAAGUAAAACAAGGCUUCAUAUACAUAGACAUCAUCACUCAAAAUGGAGGCAGCUCAAACAGCAAUGGCAUUUUCAGGGGAAGUUUGCUGAAGUGGAACGGCACCCUUCACUAUGCGUGCAGAUUACGGUGAAGGGAAUGGAAGGAAAUUUUAAGCUUUUAUGUCCUUUUGAAGUGAGCAGAACUCACUGGAGCUUCGUUUUCUUGGUGUGUGUGGUGCUUAUAUGUCUGACUGUUUUGGGAGCCUAUGCAGUACAAGGAGCACUCAAAGGUUGGGUGUUCAAAUGGCUGAAAGUGGAUGACCUCAAAGGAGCAGUAGGAAGCAGUCAGGUGGUACUGCUGUAUCCUCCUGAUGCAGACAGUGGUCUGGCAGAGCUGGUGUGUCGCCUGGGCUCAGGUCUAUCAUCUCUGGGCUUCAACGUGUCUCUGGACCUGUGGAGCCACUCGGAGCUCAGCGCUCUGGGCCCCGUACCCUGGCUGCAUUCACGCCUUGACCGGGUGCAGCGCCACGGGGGCAAGGUGGUGCUAGUCCUCACCCAGGCAGCCUGGGCUCGAGCGGAGGAGUGGGGCCGCCGUGCUGGAGCCAGAGAGGAGCUGAAAAUGGAAAAGGACAAAGAAGACAGCGGCCCUCAUGUUUCAGCUUCACCCUAUUCUGACGUUUUUAGCGCCUCACUAAGCUGCAUUCUCGCUGACUACCUGCAGGGUCGUGCCGGUGAGCGCUUCGUUCUGGCUCAGUUCGAAGCGCAGCCGGCUGGACCACUGGCUGCAGGGGGACCCUUGCCUGAGCUUUUCCGUGGAUUGCCACUUUUCAGCCUCCCCUCACAGAGUUUGGGCUUUUUGACAGAACUCACUAACGGGACUCAGAAGAGGCAGGCUGGCAGGGUGGCGAACAGGAGGAUGAGAGCGGGAGUUUUGAGGGCGGGGUCACGGGCUUUGGCUGACGCCUUGCAUGGGCUAAGAGGGGGAACGGGAUACAAGCUAGUUGGGCUUUCUCAGGGGUUCAGGACAGAGGAUCCGUGGGAGAGCAUCCCUCUGCAGCAAGGGCUUUCAUCCCCAACAGCCAGUCCUGAACUACACAACAAAAGCAGCACAGUCAACUGGGUGUGAUUUUAAGUAAUGUGAGCUACAGAAGUCUGGCCCUCAGUGUGAAUGUAUGGAUGUAUAUAAUGAAUAUUGUACAUUAAGAUGGUCACAGCCAUCAGAAUCAUGCCAGUUCCAUUUAGACCUGUCCGCACAUCCCUGCGUUUGCACUUCUGAGCAGCAUCUUUAUCAAGCUAAGUGCUCACUAGUCACCAGCAGGGAGUAGGCACCUGCUGUGCACACCGUCACAGUGAGCCUUUCAGAGCAAAACAGAGUCACUACAUUGAAAUGCUUGUGAAGUUCACAGAAGGUAUUUAAAAAUUUUGUUUGAUGUUUCAAGUAAAAGAGCCCUCUUAAAAAUUUGCCAACCUGCAUACCACUUUAUUUCAUGCAGGUCUGUUUUUGUUGCUAAUAUACAUCCCAGAAAAGGGAUGUAUAUCACAAAAAAAUAACAGCCUGCGGUUGGUCACUUUAUAUAUCAUUGUACAGCAUUUGGCUGACGCUCUUAUCCAGAGCGACUUACGGUUUGAUCAUUUUACACAAGUAGGCAAAGGUGGUGUUAGGAGUCUUGCCCAAGGACUCUUAUUGGUAUAGUGCAGGGUGCUGACCCAGGUGGGAAGUGAACCCCAGUGUACAGCAUGGAAGGCAGAGGUGUUACCCACUACACUAACCAACCACUAAAAUAGCACAGGCCAUUCUGAGCAGCAACACCAAAAAUAUACAGUCAUAUGCAAAUGUUCGGUCAUGUUUUGGUUGCUUUUCUAAGUGAAAAGAAGUACAUAUCCUCAACAGAGAACACGCACUUACUGUCUAUAUGCUUUAAACAUAUUGGGAAUAAAAGUAAAACAUAAAAUGUGGCGAGUGCAAAAACUAUAGCAUAUUUCAUAUUAUAUGUUUUAUUUUUUUCCAGUAUGUUAAACUCAUGCUGUGAAUACAAUGUGGCCU